ACAUUUCCGGUUCUUCCUGCGCAUUACGGUGCGCAAAUUUCAAGAUUGGUGUGCCUACUGCAUGUGUAUUGCCUUUGGAUUCUGUUCUUUUCAAAUCAUCUUGCUAAUAAGUUGCAUCAGUACCAUUCAAUUUCUAUAGUGUGUAAAUUACAGUUCUCUCUCAAAAUAAUUUCCAAGUUGUUCGCCUAAUCGCCGAUUGAAGACUAUUGAACAGUUUGAUCUGUUUGAGCUUUGGUUCCUUGAUGCCCUUGUGAAAUCCGUUGAUCCGAAUUUUGAAAAAAUUCCAACUGCAAAGCUAGCAUGGUAAUGGAAGCACAGCCGAGCCCCCGAUCUGUGGGAUGCGAGUUUGUGCGUCAGUACUACACGCUACUCAAUCAGUCGCCAGAACAUCUGCAUCGAUUCUACAGCAACAACUCGUUCUACGUGCAUGACGGGGCUGACGACCGGGACCCUGACCUGAGUCCGGCGAUCGGUCAGAAGCAGAUUCAUCAGCGCAUCGAGCAGCUCAACUUCAAGGACUGUCACGCCAAGAUCAACCAGGUCGACUCGCAGGCCACCCUCGGCAAUGGCGUUGUUGUUCAGGUUUCUGGCGAGUUGUCGAACGGAGGUCAACCGAUGAGACGUUUCACGCAGACGUUUGUGCUGGCCUCCCAGAGUCCAACCAAGUAUUACGUGCACAACGACAUCUUCAGGUAUCAGGAUGUGUUCUUCGAUGAGGAGGGUGAACAAGGCUCAGGACGAUCGGAGACCGAGGAGGAUCAAAUUGAGCAGGAGCAUAACCAAGUGGCUGACAUGCAAUCUCAGCAACAACAGAACCAGCUGACCAACAGCUACUACGGCGGAGGCGGCAAUGUGCCGACUGCCACUGUGAAUGGAGGCGGCGCUCACCACGACGAGGUGCCACCCCCGGUCACACCUGCCGCCCCCGCGCCUCAUGGACUGCCGCCCCCAACACUCAUUCAGCCAAUGCCGCAGCCGGCCUAUAUGCCGCAGCCUGUCGACUAUAUGCAACAGCAACCAGCCCAGCAACCGCCUUCAAUGGAGCUGCAGCAGCCUUCAGCAGUCGGCCAACAGCAGAUGGGACUGCAGCAGCAGCAGCCGACGUCUGCAGUCAGCGAGCUGCAGCAGCCGCAGCCGGAUGCGGACGUGGAUGGGGGAUGCGACGUGGAGGACGAAGACCCGGUCGCUGAGGAGGACGACUCGGUCGCCGCUGUGUCGCAGGUGCAGGACGCCAGUCUGCACAACAACAACUACCCAUCGCUCGAACAGGAGCACUCUCUCGACACAUCACCUCAGUCUAACGAGCCGAAGACAUACGCCACCCUAGUGAAGUCUGGCACAUCAGGAUUGAACACCAGUCCCCAGGCACCACCCAAGCCAUCAUCACCGCCACCCAGCAUUCGCAUGGAGAGUCGUAACGUGAGCGAGUCGAUGUCGGGGGGCGGCCGGGGGCCGAUGGGGGGUGGCGGUGCACCCCGUGGCAGGGGCGGCUCGGCCAUCAGGGGCAUUGGAGGCGGCAGGGGUCCGGGACUUGGUGACAGGGAGCGCAACUCACAGCCUCCACGGCCUACUCACAACGAUGACACGGGCAAUUUUGGUGGUGACUUUGAGAAGAGACGUUCAGGCUCAAACUCGUACAUGCAUCCCGAUACCAAUCAACUCUUCCUCGGCAAUCUGCCACCUGCUGCAACAGAGGACGAUCUUAGGGAAAUGUUCAGCAAAUUUGGAACUAUUUUGGAUUUGAAGAUUAUGUCAAAGGGCACAAUCAAGGGUCAAAAUCAUAUGAUCAAUAAGCCUAACUACGGGUUCAUUGUCUUCGAAGACCAAAGAGCUGUCAUUGACACCUUGGAUAAAAAGCCAUUCUACUUUGAUGGCUUGAAGUUGAACGUGGAGGAGAAGCGAGCGAGGAACAGCCGCGGGGGCGGCGGGGGGCCACCGAUGGAGCCACGCAUGAGCUCGGGUGGCGGCGACAUUGGAGGCGGUGGCCGAGGGCCACGAGGCGGCGGCGGAAUGCCUGGAGGCGGUGGAAUGCGCGGAGGCGGCAACAGGAGCUACGUGCCCAACAGGGGCGGACACAACUACAUGAGAGGCGGUGGUGGCGGUGGACCCAUCAGGCCUAACGGACCCGGGGGCGGUGGAUACAAUAACAGAGCCCCCAACAAUCGCUAGCAAAAUGUUGUAUCAUGUGAAAAAGGGUUUUCUGAAGCUCCGAGUGACUUAAUCCCCUCCAUGCUGAUGCUUCACUACUAAAGAGAACCUUAUUUUGGCAUAUCUGUUAAUUAGGUAUUAUAAAUUUCAAACUUAUCCGUCUGUGAUGUCAGAUUUUGCUUCAACACGGUUCUCUUAUAAAACUACAACAACAACAAUAACAGUGGACUAUUAUUAUUAAUGUAUUGUGUUUGAUAUUCGCUUCGACUGGUGACUUGAGUUUCGUCAUAGAGACAACAUACAACAGAUAUUCCAUGGUGUAGGGCAUUUGUGUUGCAAUUUUCAAUGUUAAAUCAAGCCAAUAGUCGUGAAUCUUGUAGUCUCUCUUUAGCCAAUUACAUACGCAUCGAUCUCUUGUCAUUAUAAAUUCUAUUGGAUUAAACAGAUGAUGUUUGUCAAUCUGGUAGAAUUCAUAAGGACGGCCAAAAAAUUGUACGAACAAAAACGAAGGGUGUGUAGCUAGCCUUAAGCCCCCCACACAUACACAUCGAUAUUGUUCGUACGAUGUUUUCCGUCCUAUCAGAUUAAAUGGAACUUGACAAACAUUAUCUGUUUAAUGUAAUAGGAUUUAUAAGGACGGACGAACAGAAAUCGAUGUGUGUGUAGCUAGCCUUACUGUGCCGUUCUUCCACUCUCACUUGGCCAAAACAGUGACAAUAUACAGUAGUCGACAGUACUUUUUCACUAUACGUGAAAUAAUAAUAUGUCUAUUCGUAGAUUGGAGCUUCGUAGUCGGCUUGAGAUGACAAAGAAAUCGACUUGAAAUUUGGAACAUGAACGCACUGCACUAUACCUUGGGAUAUCUUGUUAUGCUAUCGUUUCUCUAUGGUUUCGUCUUGAAAAUCUUCCAUGUGUAUUACAUAUCACUUAGAACUGUGUUUUACCUGGAGAACUGUAGAAUGGUGUUGUAUAGCGGUGAUGAUUCUUUCGUAUGUAUAUAUUUAUAUUUUAUUUUUGUUUUGUUCUUGUCGUAUUCUUUUGUAAACAGCGAACGAUCUCCAAAAUUUACUUGUGCAAAUAAGACUCUACAGAGCAGAGCUUGGUCGAUGAAUUUUGCUCAUGUCCCAUAGAUUCUCGAAGCUUCAUAAAACUCUACUAUUCUUAGAGCAAUAGUUGAUUAAACAAAUCUUUAAACACGAUUAUUUCAAUGUAUUUUAGUUAUAAUACGAGAACAUUUGAGAUAAGCUUGAACGUCGUAUGGGUAAAGCUUUCUUAGAGCUCAUUUUCCACUUGCAGCAUUUCAAACUGUAUUGCCUUCGUAAAUUUUUCAAUCGAAAAUAAUGCCAUUUAUAGUAUAUCGUUUAUUGUUUUAGAAGUCAAAGGCUGCCUUAUAAUGGCAUUGCUGAUCAAUCUCCACUAUAUAGAAAUAGACAAAGUCUAGAAUUUUCUUAUUGAAAAUGGUUUUAUCAUAAUAUCUUUCUCCACUAUUCCGGAAAAUUGCAGCAUGAACAUUUUACAUUGGUUGACAAUUUUUUUGACUAAUUUUUCACAUUAACUCGCUAUGCACUUUGCAUUCUUGUAAUAGUCUCUUUCACAUUUUCAAGAACUUGUUACAAAUUCGAGCAGUUUAGUUUAUGUCUCUGAUAACUUUGAUGUAUUGUACCUGAUUAUUAUUUAUUGAACUAUUUGUCAAAUUUUUUAAAACUUGGAACAGGCCUAAAUUUAAGUUGAGCAUUGCUUGCUAAUGGUUUCUUCUCUUACAUACUUCUGGCAUUUACCUGGGAUGCCUUCAAUAUAUAGACAUUUAUUUCAUUAAUACUGUUAAAUACUCAUUUCUUAGAGGCUUUAACGUUUUCCUGCUUUAUCAAUCGACAAUUGAGCCAGAAUUUAAAGUGGGAAUAUUAGUGCUUAGGAUCUACAAAAUUGAAGACUAAAAUUCUUUGCUAACUUCUAGUGUUUGAAUAUUGUGAUAACAUGUUAAUGUGCUAAUUUUUUUCCAAUAAAUUACAUUUUUCUGAUUUGGAUCAAAUUAUAAUUUUAUUUCUUUAGCAUAAUAGUCUGGCGUGAAUUGAUUAUCUAUAAAAGAACAAUACCAGAAGUAUUGCGAAUCUUUCUGUUCAAGUAUUCUUAUUGUACUAGUGGUGAUCCAUUCUUAGUUAACUUAGUUAAUGUUAGUUCAAUUAAUUUUAUUUGUUUUUCUUGAAGAGUCGACGAUGAUAAUAUAUUCAUCUAAUAAUUCGGAAGUCGAAAAACAAGUGCAGUUUUGAGUGAAAUUAUUCAUAAUAUUUAUAAUAAUAUUAUGUAAAAACUGAUAAUUAAAGUUUCAUACAUGAACGAAUACCAGUUCAAAAUAUAA